CUUUCAAAACACGAGUUCGUCACGUGCUGACAAGGCAAGCGGUGCAGAAAUAUUUUUCUAUCGUUUUAUAAAUUAUAUCAUUUCUCUGACGCAUUGUUUGUCGCUGGAUGCCUGGAUCGAACAUGAUUUAAUAAACCAAACUUAUCAUGACUUGUCUAUUAUAUUUUAUGGAUUUUAGACGAAUUCUAAAUAUGGAUGUUAAAAGUGGAUUUUGAAUAUUUUGCUCCCAAUUUGUCGUGCCGGCGGAGAACCGGAACUCGUUUUUAGAACAAACACACUUUCUUAAUUUUCAUUUCUUGAACUGAAAUUAUGGAGAGGAAUGAUCUACUGCCAACGUUGUUAUUAACGACACAAAAUGCUUCAUCGAUCGGAGAGCCCAUAGAUUAUGGUGUGUGCAGAGAAAUGUUGGAAAAAUCCAUUGGAAAUACAUGGUAUAAAGACAUUCUGUUUGGCAUAUUUUAAUACUAACAAAAUGAAAUAGAUACCCCCUCGGGAAUUACAUACAGAAUAUAUAAACGAGAGCUUAGAAAUCACACUAUUGUUGUGAAGCACAAGAUUUUAUGCUCCUGGGAAUUGAAAAUAGCUUCUAAUCGUAUGAAGGAGAAUAACUACAUAAAAAAUUAUCAAACGAAAUUAAAGUUUUUAUAAAUAACUUCGUCAUGCAUAAAAUUCACUUCAGAAUAGUUUUAUGCAGCCGUGGGUUUAGAAUAGUGCUAUGCAUUCAAAUUCCAAUAAAUUUUAUACACCGUGUACAAGCGAAAUGAAAUAGAUCUCCCCUCAGGAAAUACAUAUAUUUCAAUGAUAAACUCAAUCAGUGAAUCUGAUUUCUGUUUAGAAAUUUGCAUUAUUAUUUUGUGCAUGUAAUAUAUAUUCCCCUGAGAUAUCAUUUUACAAUACAUAUUUAUUUUCAUAUUUAGAAUAAUAAAUCAUUGAUUUUAUACUUGAUUAUAUAAAUCAGCUUUUGGAGAUAUCCGCCGUGCAAUUUUGAUGCUUUCUAUAUAUUUACUAUUAAAUUUUCAAAAUCUCUGGCAUGCAAUUUCCAAACUUUCCAGUUUGGAUCCCAAUUAUUUAUUAGACAGGUUCAGAUUCAACUACCACUACCACUAUCGCUACCUUUGACGGCUCCAUUGGUAGCGGUCACGACAGACUGUUUAGACCUGUUCAGAUUAGAUUUCUCCUGAUGACCUUUGUUACGGUCCCAAAACAAAAACAUGCGACGAUUUCCUCACGCUCUUGCAGUUACUGCGCAUGCGUAACACAUUUAAGGUAGCGGUAGUGGUAGUGGAAGUCAAAUCUGAACCUGUCUAUUAACCCAAUGAGCGCCGAAUAAGUAGGAUGUAAUGCAACUGAAUGGUUAACUUGACACCAGCACUCUGCCCUUGAUGAGUAAAAUUGUCUGGCAUAAGACAGUAAAAUUUAAUAAAGUAGAGCAGUACUCUUUUGGACACCCCAUUCAUAGAACAAGUCAGUGAAGCAGGACAAAAUCUAUUGUUGAUGGUCAGAUGCAUGCUUCGAUGUUACUAUGUAUUUUAAUAUUAUUUAAAAAAAUCAAAUAAUCCAAAAAUGGUCUUCACACAUAUUUCUUCUCUUAAAUUACAAUUUAUUUUAUUAUGACAAAAGGCUAUUGGUUCAUACCAGAGCAGGGCUCCCACGCCAGGAUUUGUAACAUGGUUAUGGUAUUAAAAGAGUGCAAUUUGUAUGUGGAAACCAGGUCAUCAAUGUAAAUUGACUCAUGCUGUGUCGAUGUUCCUUAGCUGCCAUUUUGUUCUGACUUGUAACUGUCAAAACUUAACCAGGCUAGACUUUUUUUUAUUUAUUGGUUUGCAGAUUUUAGUUGAAAAAAAAACAGGUCGGUAGGUCGGAAAAAAUUUUUUAAAAAUAUUGUUUUUCAAGAUUGUCAUAACAAUAACCAGCAGUACUUAGAGUCAAGGUUUACUUGGCGUGUACUUUAUGUCACCCUAAAUUAACUAAAAUUAACUACUGUAAAAUCGUAAAAUUGUUGACAUCCAAUUUUUUUUUAUUUUUCGCUUUUCUGAAUAUUUACCAUCGGUGGAUCCGUAAACCAAUGAAUAAAAAAGUCUCACCUAAAUAAAUAAAUUCUUAUUAAUUUGUUUCUUGCAGUAUAACAUAUUGGAACCUGGCAUUACUGGCACCGAAUGUGAUAUUUCUGAUUUUUUUGGCCUACCAUAUUGGCUUAUUCUACAGAAUGUUUCAACGACAUAAUUUUCCAAUGGUCAAAACUCUGCUUAUAUUGGUAAACUUUGUAAUUUAAAGCUGUAUAUAUUAUUAUGUGGUUAUGUCUUGGUGAUGAUAAUGGUAACAGUGGUAGUGGUGAUGGCCAGAUAAUGGUGCUGACGAUAAUAAUGGUGGUGACGAUGAUCAUGAUUAGGAUAUAGCUUUGAUGGUGAUGAUAGUGAUGGUCCUGGUGACGAUAACGAUGGUGGUGACGAUGAUCAUGAUUAGGAUAUAGCUUUGAUGGUGAUGAUAAUGAUGGUCCUGGUGAUGAUGUCGAUGGUGGUGAUAAUGAUAGUGAUUAGGAUAUAGCAUUGAUGGUGAUGAUAGUGAUGGUCCUGCUGACGAUAACGGUGGUGGUGGUGAUGAUAGUGAUGGUCCUGAUGACGAUAACGAUGGUGGUGGUGAUGAUCAUGAUUAGGAUAUAGCAUUGAUGGUGAUGAUAGUGGUGGUGUUGGUGACUAAGAUGGACGAGUGAUGAUGAUGAUGAUGAUGAUGAUGGUAGUGAUCCGGAUGGCUGAUGAUUAGGACAGAAGUGAUGGUGAAUCAACCUUGGUCCUUGGUCUUACCUCUUGUGGAGGAAAGAUCAUGGUAGUAGCUGGUGAUGAUGGUGUUAAUGGUGAAUAGGAGGAAGUGAUGAUGGUGGUGAUGAUGGUGAUAAUGAUGGUAGUGAUCCUGAUGGCUGAUGAUGGUGGUGAUUAGGACAGAAGUGAUGGUGAAUCAACCUUGGUCCUUGGUCUUACCUCUUGUGGAGGAAAGAUCAUGGUAGGAGCUGGUGGUGGUGAUUAGGACAGAAGUCUGAAGUGAUGGUGAUGACAGUGGUAGUGGUGAUCAGGAGGAAGUGGUGAUGUUGGUGGUCAUGACUAAUGUUAUUCAAGUUUAAUUAUUCUAUUAAAUCUGUAGGUAUCACUGGUAUGUGUGGUGAAUGUUAUACGAGGGUUUAUUGCCAGUAUAACCAGAGCACACAGCCCGGACGACAACAUAGCUAACGAGGUAUGCUUACUGAAACACAUACUGCAUGACAUAUGACACUCUGGUUAUAUCCUUGUAAUCAAUUUAAAACACAUUUGUCAUUCUAGAGCUUGUGGCUGCUCUUACGUUUUCUUGUCCUUGCAGUGGAAAUAAGUGUUAUUGGAUAUGGACUGUUUGGUAUUGAAAGUUAACAUAUUUAUGCAUGCAUUCCACCUUCUUGGAUAUACAUUCGAUAUGCAUAUGUCACAAUUUGAGAAAAAAACAAAAUUUUUAUCUUGCAAACCACAUGUCAUUAUCAAUAUGAAACUCGAUUUUCCGAAGUCUUUUUAGUACUCAAUUUACUCACAACAAUUUAAGAAACUUUUCAAAGAAAUUUAAUCCCACAUGAAGUAGUUUUAACAAGUUUACCCUGCUUGUGACGUCAUCAAAAACUCAGUUAAUUAGGUCAAUUAUAAUACCAAGAUGGUGGACUGCACACUGUUUUUGGUCAAAAUAUUUUGAAAACCAAGCAUUGAGGUCUGAAAAAGUUGUAAAGGAUCUUCAUAUAUAAGUUUAAAAGUUCUUUCAAAUAAGACCAAGUUCAUUUUUAUUGCCACAUCCCUUUAAAUAAAACUUAUUUCUUGCAGGCAAUGGUCGAGGAAAAGGUGUUGGCAAAAGAGUUAUCUCUCUUUCAUUUUUUCUUGCUCUUGUUUAUGCAACCAUACAGGUUUGAAAUCAUCUUUACUGGCAUAAAAUGGAAUUAAGUCAUGCAUUAUUUAUCAUUAUCGAGGGCACAUAUUAAAGGGUUAACAGGAUGCAUGGGCAGUUUGCUAAACCCAUUAUCAAUUAAAAAUAUCAUUACCAGUACUUAAUUAGAUCAUUAAUCAUCUUAAUUAUCAAUUAGAAAUGAACUUAACUAUCAAUUAAAAAUAUCAUUGUCACUCAUUAAGUCAUCAAAUUGGGUUAUUCCAGAAAACAUCCAUACCACCCACACAGAGGAAAUUGGAAGUUAACCCCCCUACUCCCUUCAGAUGUCCUAAUACAUUUACUAUUAUCAGAAACAAUGUUUUCUCCCCUCCCCCUCUGGACGGCAGAAAUUUCCUCCAUGGAGGGAGUGUGGAUCUUUUCUGGAAUGCCCCUUUUUAAAAUGAUUACAAUAAAGCUAAACAUAAAAUCUAACUAUUUUUCUUUCAGUCUUUGUUAGAAGUCUACACACCAGAUCGUACUCGAAUUUUUAAGAAUAAGUACAUGAUGUUUCAACAUGGCGGAAUGCUGUUCUGGUUCAUAACAUCUUGUGUAUUUUUUGUGGUAUGUCAUCGAACUAGCUAAAGUUAAAAACACCACAUUCUUUGAGCAUAUUAGUUUUCUCAUGCCACGCCUGGCAGUGUACACAAGUCUUAAAAUGUCCAACCAUAGUUUUUGUUUUGGGUGUCACAAACUUGUUAAAUAAAUAAGCUGGUGUUUUUUUUUUCCAAAACAAAACCGUUAUAAUAGUUAUUGCCCAAAGAACCCUAGCAGAGCCCUAUGGUUCUAAUAAAUGUAUAAAAUUCACACUCGAAAACCAUCUAUAGACAUAUUAACUCUUCUAUUGAGUGUACCGUAGAUGCCCCAAAUUCUGGUAUUUCCAAAGAACCUAUACCCAGAGUGAUUGGUCAUUCAUGUUAAUUUUUCUUAUCUAUCCUUCAUAGAUUUAUAGCUCCAUUGUAAUUCUCCCACAAACAAAUUGCUUGUAUGGUCGUGGCUUCCUUUCCUUACCCUGUGAGUGAGCUAGUUUCAUUUUGCCUUUGCUUGAAUUUUGCUCAUCUUUUUUAUUUACUACCAACUUUCUGUUUUGUUCACUAGCUAACAGAGCAUUCUACCGAUACGCCGCCAUAUUGUGCGUGGUUAAUCUUUUAGAAGCUAUUGGUAGCUUGUUGGUUUAUUACAGAAAAACUUACGGGCUUUGGUAGGUUUGAAUGACAAAUUCAAUGUUAUAUUAUAUAUUAUAUUAUAUUGUAAACUUUAUUGGACAGUAAACAAGACAUACCAAACGGCACGAAUGUUGAAAUACUUGUUCAAAUUUGUACAAGUCAAUAGCUUUUUGCACCAUCAUAAAUAUGUAAAAAGAAUGGCUGGAUGGUAUGGAGAACAGUGAGAUUUUUAAAACAAUAAAACGACAAUGGAACAUUGACAUGACUGGCAUUAUUCUUUUGCAAAAGGUCUCUGUACAUACGUUUAAAACUAAUGGCUAUUUUUUUCUUAUUUUAGUAUUUUAAAUGUUGCUGUUCUACUGUUUUAUGCACUUUUUGCUCCGCUAGUUUAUUUCACUUUUCUACAGAAGAGUUUUAGGUAUAGUAAUCGGUAUAAUUCAUAAUUUUUCACUCACAUACAGCUCAAAUUGACGUGAUGGCAGACGAGCAACUAUUUGUCAUUCACGAGUUUUAUUUGAUGGAUUUUAUGACAAACGCUUACAAGUUACCUUCAAACGUCUGUUAGUCUAAAACCUAUGUUAUUCAAGUGUUUUCAUAUAAAGCUAUUCAAUAAGGAAACGUACUCGUCUCACGGCUUAAAAUGAAGUUUAAAAUCUGCCUUACUUGUCAAUACUUGACCGCGCGGGUUCUUGUCUGGAUGCACCAUCACAGCAUCGCCUUCGUCGCUUUUCUUCCGACUUUUUGCAACCAAACUGAACAUAGACUGUUGCUAUGUCCAAAACAUAGCUUAAAGCGCUUGUAAAGAAUGAAAUUCUCCGUCAAAUAAGAAGUUAAAAGCCAGUAUAUUUCGUUAAAAUGUUCGCCAUUAAUUUGUGAAGAAACAAGCUUCCCGAAAUCUAAAUUUCGUACUCGAAUGGUUUCAUCCAAUCAGAUUGCGUCUGGGAUUGUUCUAUAAUCGCUUGUUGUUCUAAAUGCGACGAAGCAUAAACAACGAUGUUUUUUUAUGUUUUUAGUCUUUUAAAGAAAUCAAAUCUUCGCAUCAAUGAUGGGAUGGCAAAUUACACUGUUGUAGAAAGCGAGAGUUCCACCAGCUCUGCAGAUGGGAACGACAAUAACAGCCUGAUAAUUUGAUCAUUUUUUAAAUCAACUAAGGCAAUUUAAAAAAUUUUUGAUUAAAAUUAAAAAUUUGCAUAUUUAAACGUGCUUUUUUAAUAGGAAGCCUAAUUCUGGCAAGCAUCAUGGCUACUUAUUUUUAAAAAUAUCGUACACUUUAAUCUUGUACCCUAAGAUUCUAUUCAAUAACAACUUUAUACAAGAUGUCGUAUAUUAAAUUCAUGACAUUAUAACUAUAUAAUCUAUAAAGUGAAAUUCUAGAAUUUAUUAUAAACCUAUUAUAAACUUUGUAUUUAAUAUGUUCUUAAAACCAACAAAACGUUUUGUUAAAAUAUAUUAAUGAUAACCUAAUUUGUAAACAAAAGAUUUAUAAUUGUUUUUUCUAAUUUUUACAUGAAAUAAAAAUAUUUUUAUUGGGUGUUUUUGAGUAUAGUUCACAAUGUGGCAUGUUCUGUCUGUUCGAUAAAUAUGCACAAUUGUCUGCAAAAAACUUAAAUUGCACUUGCAAACAAUCACUAGCUUGUCUUUUAGUUACAAAAUACAUCUAAGCAAGUGGGCAUGAAGCUCGUAUUUUUGGUCAAAAACUAAAAUGUUCUCAUAUGAGUUCAAAACAAUUUAUUGCCUUGUUCUUUGAUGCAAAUGAGUGGCAAUCAUAUAAAUGUUUAGAGUAUUAAAAGAGAAACACAAAAAUUAUGAAUUGUUAUAAUAUUGUUGGGUUACGAAAACUGCAACAACAGUGUUCUCAAUGCUUUUUUUCAACAUUUCGACAGUUUUUCGCGGUUUUGGGGGGAAAACAAUAAAUUGUCCGUCAUUAUAUCACCAUGGAUUGUAAAAUAACUGCAUAGGAAACUUCGUGACGUCACAGUCUAAACCUAGUUGCAAAUUGUGACGUCACAUGAAUCCAACGUCAUUUCACAAUCCAUGAUUUCACCACCAUUGAGUAAAACGUCGUUUUCAUGGCAAUCACAAGUGUCAAUAGUGUCGAUGUAUAUCCACAAUCAGUAAAGACUAAUUUACAGUAUACAAAAGAAUAGAUCCAGACUAUUUCGUUUACAAAAACUACAGUUUUUACUUCUGAUCUCCCAAAACUUUUAAAUGUGUGUAGAAAGAGGAAUUAGACGAACUAGUUCUUCCUCAAACACUCCAAAAUUUAUAACGGUGCCCAUUAACAUCGAAAUACUUGGCAAUGUAUUUAAUAAUUAAUUGAUUUGAGUAUUUUGCAGUAACCGUCGGGUGCAUCAGUAGGUUUAAUCUUAGUAGGAACUCCCUCUUUUGUGCACAAUUUUAGUUCAAUGCUAUCCAGUGCUAUUUCACAAAAUUUCUCGUCUACCUGGUACUCAAGUUUCUUCAGUUUUUCAAUAACAUCAUCCAGCUCCUUUCUUCCUAUGAAAUAACCUGCAAU